UACUGCGCAUGCUCCGAGGCUGGGAACGGAUUCUGUGUCCGUACAGUCGGAGAGAUGUCUCCAUAUUAUCCGCCAACACAACCCUGACACACCGGCUAUGAGCAGGGAGGGGCGUGCCGCUCACAGAGCGCUCAGGAAGGCUGACACCAGGCACGCACAUGACGAUGACUAUAAAUUGCAGCCCAGAAAUAUGGAUGUGUCUCCACCUCCCCUGGUUGGCUUAUGUCUCGACAUGUGUUCCGAACGAGAGCGGCGAGAACGAGAGCAGCAUAGACUACUUCAUCCAUUAGAAAUGCAGAAUAGACAUUUGCAGAAAAGAGGUUUCAGACAUGGGGGCCAUCCUAUUGCUGACCCUAGUAGGACUGUUAAAGAGUACAGCCGCCCUGCUGCUGGGAAAGAACUGUCUUCACCAAGAAAUCUGCGACCUCCUGCAACUCUUCUCAAAACGGUUCAAUAUCUGAUCAUGGAAAUUUGGGAGGAAGUUAAUGAGCAAGAUUCUACAUCUUUGUCCUUGGCUUACCCUUUUGUGUUUGACCGGCUACGAGCAGUAAGGCAAGACUUGACAGUGCAGAGGAUAAGUGGUCCUGAAGGAGCUCCUGUCCUUGAAGGAAGCCUUGGCUUCUUGCUUUGUGCCCCUUACCUGGCGAGGGAUCUCCCACUGGAAUAUUUUAGUGAUACCCUCCAUUCAACACAGGUGCGGGAAAGCUUUGCUGAGCUGAUGGAAUGUUACAGCAGAGGUGGAAAAUUUCCUAGACAAGCUGAAUUUCAGGCUCUUCUUCUUCUGUAUGAUUUGGGAAAUCUGGAUGCCAUGCACAGGGCUUUGCAACUUCCCCACAGUAUUCGAAAUUCUCCUGAAAUUCGCUUGGCCCUGGAUAUAAAUAGGUCCUACCUAGAAAAGAACUGGGUAAGGCUCUUUCGUCUGAUCCGCCAACUUGACUGUCUAAAAGCCUGUGCUUUUUACCGCCAUCUGCCUGAUUGCCGGAGCCAAGCAAUACGUAUUUACAUGAAUGCGUACAGCAGCCGAAAUUGCCACUUCCCGCUUGGUCAUCUUGCCUACCUUCUAGCAGUUGAUAGCCCCUUCAAGGCUAGCGAUAUGUGCAAGAGGCGAGGACUGGUGGUUACCUCCGAAUAUGAAUUUGUCUUAUUCCACAAAGCUUCAUUUAAGGAUGUGGACCUGGAGUGCCCAGGAAGAGAGAUUCAACUGGUGGAAGUGAAGAAAGAGAACGUGUCUUGGGCUGAAGUGAUGAUGGGGCAGGAGAUAUGCACUGUAUGAGACUGUACUAACAUGGGGGAAGUUUUUCAUGUAAUACAUUGAUGAUGGGUAAACCUAUACUGGAGUCGUGUGGCCUUUCGUUUGGAAAAGAAGGUUCUUGCCAUAUUUAAGUUUAUUUUCUUCUUUGCCUGGCUCAUUUAAAGAGUAAACCAUUUAAAACAAGCUCACUGAUCUGGGAACAUCAACUGGGCAUACAGCUGAUUAAGCAUAAUUCUGUGCUCAGUCGACUGGAGCAAAGGAGACAUAAGGAGUACCUGUCACCUGCCCAAUGUAAGCCCUAUUGUGAUGGCAAUAAAGUAAAAAAAAAAAA